AGGAACAAAUAGAGGACGACGAAUAGUCCCAUUUCAGAGCAGACCACUGAGUGGUGCAUUUGGGUUGGUGUAUGGGGAAAACAUAUAUCACAGCAAGCUACGUUUCUCGAUUAUUUUGCUAAAGAAGCCUGAAAAUGGCGCUGCUGUGGGUUUUCGGUGUUUUCCUGAUGUUCUUGUUCAGAGCCAGUGCCCUGACAGCGGGAUUCAUCAAAUCCCCCCUGUCCCAGAUGAAGCUGGUAGAGGACAGUGCGGAGCUGCACUGUGAGGUCACAGGCGACCCCAUCCCCGAGGUGCAGUGGUGGUACAUUGAGGGGGAGGAGCCUAACGAGACCUUCACGCACCUCUUUGACGGGGCGUGGGGGGACCGGGUGCGGAUCAACGCCACGUACGUCCACCACGCCACCAGCGCCCUCCGCGUCUCCGAGCUCGCGCCCAGCGACACGGGCACCUACGAGUGCCGGGCCUCCAACGACCCGGACCGCAACGACCUCCGGAGGACCCCCAAAGUCAAGUGGAUCCGCUCGCAGGCCAACGUUAUCGUUUUCGAGUACCCUUUGAUCUUGAUCAGCCCUCCCGAGGUGAACAAUGUGACCUCAGCGGUUCUCACCUGCAACCUCACCAAUCCGCUGUCGGCCGUCAAAGGUCACUACUGGGCCAAAAACGGGAAGGUGAUCGAGGCGACCAAGGUGGACACUUCGGAGACAUACACCGAGUACAACAUGCCGAAGAUUGACAGCCACUCUGGAGGAGAGUACAGCUGUGUCUUUCUCUGCACUCCAGAGGUCAGCAACAAGAUUUUGGUGAAAACUCCCCUCCACGUCGCCGCGUACAAGCACUCUGAGCACGGCAACGAGAACGACAAGGGCGCGCUGGUGUGCGUGAGCCACAGCUACCCGCUGCCCACCGACUGGAAGUGGUACGCCGUCCGCGGGGAGAACGGGGAGAAAAAGGUACCCAUCGAACGGACGGACUACGACAUCAAGAGCACGCCCAACAAGACCACGCUGUACAUCUACAACCUGGACAUCCAGCAGGACAUGGGCGACUACGUGUGCUACGGCGAGGGCGAGAUGGGCUGGGCCACGGACCAGAUCCACCUGCGCGUGCGCAGCCGCCUGGCCGCCCUCUGGCCCUUCCUGGGCAUCGUGGCCGAGGUCAUCGUCCUCAUCACCAUCAUCUUCAUCUACGAGAAGAGGAGAAAGCCGGACGACAUUACCGACGAUGACGACUCAGGCUCCGCCCCACUGAAGAGCAACUCCUCCACCAACCACAAAGAGAAAAACGUGCGACAGAGGAACUCCAAUUAAGAGGAUGAAGGAGGUGUCCUGAUGACUACUACACAAGACGUCCAAGUAAAGCAUUGAGUUGCUGAGUAGCACGUGAUCUAGUGCACCCUGCAAUUUGACAUCUUCUUGCUUUAGAAUACGUGUCCUGAAAUACAAGUUUUUUCUGUUUUGUUUUUUUUCUUCUCCCAGCCCCCCCUCUCAAAUUUUUACUUUUCUCAAUAUUAAUGUGCUUCCAUGGAAUGUGUUUGAACUGGAAGUCUGUGUGAAUCGGCUUUGCAUGAUCGUCUUAGUGAAAACCUGUGCGUUCAUAGUGAAGCCACUGUAGUAAUUAUAUACAGUAUAUCUGUGGCAGUGGGUAUAUUGGUGGAUUUAGACUUUUUUUUUUUUUUGUUUUGUUUGCUUCCUCUCUUGUCCUCGGCCGUUGUAUAUCGGUGCACUAACAGUGCCAGCCUGGGUCACCUGUGGCGGCACGGGUCCCGGGCGGGGCAAAACGAAUCCUCUCCACUACGUGUAUUCGUUUUUCGCCGACACAAUAACUCCCUUGUGGCUGUAGAACCGGGCUGCCCAGCCCCGAUCCGGUGAGGUCCGCCGUCCUGGAGGUUUUGAUUUCAACCCAAAAUUAGGCGCACCUGCCUCUCCUGAUUCAUCAGCGACGCAAGAUCUCUGGCUGUUGAAUGAGGUGUGUGUGGUUUUGUUAUGGUUUGGAGUGUAAACCUGCAGGACGGUACAUCUCCAGGAACAGGGCUGGGCAGCCCUGCUGUAGAAGUAUGGACACUGAGAAACCUAACCUAACCUAACCUAACCACAGUGGCAGGAUUUUCUAUUGAAAGCCUUAUUUAACAUCACCUGAUUACUCUUAAUGUGGAAUCUUUAUUUCCCUUUAUGAUACUAAUUAUAAAGUAUUUCAGAAAAUACAGUGCAGCACCUACAAAUUGCACACAGCAGUCUUUGUAGUGUAUGUUUAACAAUACUAUGUUAAGUCCAGUAUUGGGCACAUACUCUUAACACCCUUUAAUCACUGACAUUUUUUUUCCAUUUUAUCGUUUUCUAAGUUGGUUUUCUGGUAUGUUGUUUUACGGUGUAAGAUGAUCUCAAGUCAUGUUGCCUCCGCUUCAUGUCGUGUUUGUAGACGAAUAUCUUCGGUGUGGUAAUAAAUGGACCAAGUGAGGGGGGUGGGGGGGGGUGGCAUCUUUUUGAAAAGUUGAUUUGCAAAACAAAUCAUCAUUUAUAAAUUCAGAACAGUAAUACUUGCUGUAUUCCAGUAUGUUAAUUUCCGUUUGAAGGCCUAUGAAGGAACUCUUUGAACUCUCGCAGGUAUUAUGAAGGGGAUUCGGUGAAAGCUGUCACUCACCUGUUUUUACCCCCCCUUUAACCCCCCUCCUCCACCCCCCCCCCCCCCCCUUUUUUUUUUGGGUAGGCAUUUCAGAAGUCAUAAGCUGCAUUCACUUAGUAUUGUGUCUGAAUGCGUGUCAUUUCUUUUCAUUUUAAUUUGAAACGUAUGUUGAACCUUAAGACGUGAGAUAAGAAUAGAAAUAAAUCUAUAUAAAUAUAUAUACAUAAGUUAUUUUUUGCCUGACUUCACGAGCAAAUAGCUUAAAACACCGCUGUAAUGACUUGCACAAUCUUAAUAAAGUUUCUUUGAUUUGA